AUGGUGUUCGCUCUCGGCACGGUGACUGGGAGCGCGACGAGAAGGAGCAGGGACGCAGUCAAGAUAGAGAACGCGCGUCUAGAGGCGAUACGGGCUAUCGAUGAAGCCAUCGAGCGAGAUCGUGCGACGGUAAGGCCGGCGCUUGGGUUGUCGCAGUACGAGAGAGACGUUGAGCGUGCGCGAACGGCGACGAACAGGGCGUUAAGGCACGCUCCGCAGCACCCACCAGACUCAGGUUGGGAGAGUAUUGGGGCUCUUGGAUCAAAUAUCACACGCGUCAACGCCACGCACACUCAUCAACAGAAUGCAACUCGCUCGGGUCCUCCCGCGAACGCAACGCACGUGCGUGUUGAGAACAAACAGCCAGUCGCAUCUGCGAAACCUUCAGAACCUGAGGCAAGCCAACCUGCGCAGUCUCUUGACGAUGCUGGCGACGACCUGUUCUCUCGAACGGAUAAUCGACCCGUCAUCAAGGGGAUCGUUCCAGAGCUUGAAAAGACGCGAGCGCGCUUGCUAGAUACCAAUAAGGAAGAUGAAAAUGACAUGGGAUUUUACCGGUAUCCAACAGUUGCGAAGGGCAUGGUUGGAUUCGUGAGCGAAACGAACAUUUGGAUAGCUCCGUUGAAGGGCGGUAUUGCUUCGCGAUUAUCAUCGACGUACAGUCGGGAAGGCGUACCAAAAUUAUCCCCUGAUGGCGUUUAUGUCGCGUUUUUGGGGUUGACGUAUGAUGGUUACGAUGUUUUCGUCGCCCCAACGAAAGGUGGGGUCGUCGAGCAGAUAACAUUUGGAGGUAAAGCACAGGAUGUCGCAAGUUGGCCGUCGAAGGACGAGCUUCUCGUAAUAUCUAGCGCCUUCUCGUCCUCAAUGAAUGCGCAAUUGGUAAGGGUUAAUCCAUCCACACGCAAGGCAUCGCCUCUACCGUUUGCGAAAGCUGUCGAGGGUGUGAAGGAUGGGCUUGGAUGUUACGCUUUCGUCCCUCUUCGUCAAACGAGCGAAACGAAGCGAUAUGAAGGUGGUGAGCAAUCGCGACUCUGGCGAUGGUGCAAGGGUGAUUCGGAGGCGACCCAACUCACGCCAGAGUCAACUUGGGGGCUGCGAGGAGCGUGGAGUCCAGAGUCAUCAAAUGACGCUGAGUUAAAAGACCAUCUCUUCUUUAUCAGCGACAAAACUGGCGUAUCAAACGUGUGGGUGAUGAAUGUUCACUCCACCGCGUCUGUGCAACUGACGCAUGAAUGUUUGUUUGACAUCAAAGAGAUAAGUAUUGACGGCAGGGAGUUAAUUUACCGUCGGGGUGGCUCUCUCUUCAUGCGCCAAAUCAUGCUGUCUGCGGAUAACACAAUACGCCUUGGAAACGAAUUACAACUCAAAUACGAGCUGGUGAGCGAGUUCCGCAAGACGAUGGAAUCUGAGAUCGAGAAUCCGUACGGGAGUAUGAGUGAGUUUGUGCUGACAAACGACGGCGCGUUUGCUGCUUUUGUGAUUCGGGGACAAGUCUUCUACUCAGCGCUCGUACCAUUUUUGGGUUCACGCGUUGAGAAGGUGACAACAUACAAGGGUGCUGUUCGGUACAAGCACAUUCAGUUCGUGAGCGACGCGAGCUCAGAUGGUCAACCAAAGAUUUUGGCGCUUUCCGACUCGACAGGUGAGUAUGAGUACGUCAUGCUUGAGCGACAAGUCGAGGGUGGGCACUGGAAAGAGACUCAGAUAACGAGUGGCGCCAAAAUCAAAGGCGCCAUGGAAUUCAGUUCAAUUUCUCCAGAUAACACGAAGCUCAUACUGGCAGAUACCAACGGCAACUUGAAGUUGAUCAAUUUGACAGAGACAGCGGUGAACACAAAUCGUUACCGCACAACAGAGCCCAAGCCGGUAUUGGCUAGGCUCGCGAAGCGCUCGAUCGCGUCCAACGGACCUAGUGCCAAAACUUCGGGUGCAACGAAAAAGCCGAAGUUCGGUCGAAUUCCGGAGACUGUGUCGGUGAGGCACCGACAGAACUCAGCGCGCCGAGCGGGUCGUUUCGCUAUGAAUAAACGUGCGAACAAACACCUGAGAAACAUUGGCGUUUUACGCAAAGAGGCCAUGCUCAGAGCGGCGCCUAAUGAUCCUGCAAACUCUGCGAUAAGCGGUUUAGCGACCGUUGAGAAUUUGCUUGGUGGCUUCCGUCCCGAGGGCGUUUAUGGUCUCUCUUGGAGUCCCGAUGGGUCGUGGCUCGCCUACGCCAAGGAUGAGGAGAACGACUUUACGUCGAUUCACGUGCUGGAGUUGUCCACGGGAGACAGCACGCGCAUCACGACGCCUAGUUACAACGCACACAGUCCAAGGUUUUCGCCGGAUGGUCUGUACCUGUAUUACUUCAGUGAUCAACAGAUCGUGUCUUCGGCGAAUUCACCAUACGGAGCGCGAGGGGCAGAGCCCGUCUUCAGUGAGACGUCACGACUCAUGUGUGUACCACUUCGCCUUGGUAUGACUUGUCCCUUUUUCAUCGGUGAUGAGAUCACUUCCGAGGGAACAGUAUUCGAUGCUGCUUUCGGUAAAGUCUUGCCUACUGUCAUCUCGACUCAAAAUAUCGAGCAGCGAGCUCAGGCUGUUCCAGACUUACCCGACGCCGAAUAUUUAAGCUUUGAGAUAAUCGCCGACGGAAGCGGGAUGCUUCUCACGGUCGCAGACCAGGGUCACAUUGUCGUCGCCGCGUACAGUAUGUACAAACGUCAAGCGGUGCCGCUAUUUGCAGAUCCAGCGAGUGUUAUCGUUAGCGGCGACCUGCAGAUAAUCACCUUCAUUACAAACGAAGGCGUCGCUUUGGUAUCAUCCAAGUCUGUGCUGUCUGGGCAAGUCACUCCUGAGCAGCUUCUAUCUGGAACAGAGGUCUGGAAUCUUCCAGAAUCGUUCACCGUCAUCGUGAAUCCUCGAGAGGAGUGGCUGCAAAUGUACGAAGAGGCCAUGCGAAACAUGAGGGAUGCUUUCUACGAUCCGAAUCUUCAUGGCGUUGACUGGCGUUCCGUCACUGAUCGUUAUCGUCCGCUCGUGUAUAAAAUAUCCUCAAAGGGCGAGUUGCGAGACAUUCUGGGGCAGGCUUUCGGUGAGCUAUCUGCACUGCACGUGUUCGUAUCAGUUCAGUCCGAGGACCCCGUUAUCCCGCUUGGUACUCCAUCCUCAUGUCUUGGGGCUGAUUUCACGCCGGUCCCCGAGGGCCUGAAGAUCGCUUACAUUCACCGAAGCACGGGCGUCUUAGACGCUCCGCAUUCUUCUUUGAGUCGAUCCACGGAGACGUCGUUCGUGAACCUCAUUCCUGGUGAUAUCAUCACGAAGAUUGAUGGUGUGCUGGUUAACUCGACGUCGCGGCCGCUCUCCGAUUUGCUUCGCGGGAAAGCUGGGACGCAAGUACUUCUUGAAGUUGUCAAGAUUCCUCGUUCCGCUGACGAGAAGCGCGAUGAAGAAAAUUUAGUCAAGCUUCAGCAGAUGCGCAUGAUGCAAAAGAUGAUGGGUGGAGUCGGUUUAGCGCAGUCCCAACUUGGUAGCGCUGCUCAGACGAACAAGCCCGUGACGGAUCUGCAUGUCGCAAAUUUGGUUCGAAAACACGCGGCAAAGUUGGGAGCGUCUACUCUGAGUGCAAAGGCCGGCGACGCGUCUCAGAAGCCAGGUACACUGGCUGAAGCGGUGAAGACUCCCGAUUCAGCGAGUCCGGAGCUCAUCGUUAUCACUCCGCUCUUGUUGGAGCAAUGUGAUGCGUUAGAAGCAGCGGACGAAGUCGUCCGAAGACGCGAGUACGUUGAAAAGAAGACGGACGGUCAGGUUGCGUACGUGUACCUCGAAGAUAUGGAGCAACAAGGCAAAGGGUCAAGCAACUCAUUUGAUGACUUUGCAGCUCAGUUCUAUCCGAAUGUGCGUAAAAAUGGUUUGAUCAUAGACGUUCGUCGAAAUGCCGGUGGUAACAUCGAUACAUGGUUACUGGAGCGCCUCCGUCGCGUUGCAUGGAUGUUUGACACCGAACGCAGUGGACCGGGAGACACGACGAUGCAGUACACUUUUCGAGGGAAAGUGGUCGUGUUGAUCGACGAGCAGACGAGUAGUGACGCCGAGAUGUUUGCCCUCGGGAUUCAGCAGCUCAAAAUAGGUGUCGUCAUUGGUGAGCGCACCUGGGGUGGGGCAAUUGGAUAUAGCGGCCACCCAGAGCUUCGACUCGUUGACGACUCGGGGUUCACCAUUCCGUCGUACGGUCCGUAUCUUCACGGCGACUGGGCGAUUGAACAAAAGGGAGUCAAGCCGGAUAUUGUCGUCAGUAACUUACCUCUGGCAACUUUCAACGGCAAAGAUGCGCAGUUGGACACCGCGAUUGAGAAAAUCAAGGCGAUGAUUGCGGAAGCUCCCGAUACGAGUCUCCCCAAGCCGCCGACGUACCCGGUGCGGGCGUUUGAUUCUAAAAAAUGUGCCGCGCCUAACGCGUGA